AUGGAGGCGGCCAGCACCUGGGUGCUGCUGCUGGCGCUGCUGCUGCUGCUGCUGCUGACGCUGGCGCUGCCCUGGACCCGGGCCCGAGGCCACCUGCCCCCGGGGCCCGCGCCGCUGCCGCUGCUGGGGAACCUCYUGCAACUGCGUCCCGGAGCGCUGUACUCCGGCUUCCUGCAGCUGAGUGAAAAGUACGGGCCAGUGUUCACUGUGCACCUGGGCCCCUGGCGGAGAGUGGUGGUCCUGGUUGGGCAUGAGGCUGUGCAGGAGGCCCUGGGAGGGCAAGCGGAGGAAUUCAGCGGGCGGGGAACCCUGGCCACGCUGGACCAGGUUUUUGAUGGUCAUGGRGUUUUCUUUGCCAACGGGGAGCGAUGGAAGCAGCUCAGAAAGUUCACCAUGCUGGCCUUACGGGACCUGGGCAUGGGGAAGCGAGAAGGCGAGGAGCUGAUCCAGGCGGAGGUCCAGUGUCUGGUGGAGGCGUUCCGGGAAACAGAAGGACGUCCAUUCGAUCCCUCCCUGCUGCUGGCCCAGGCCACUUCCAAUGUCAUCUGCUCCCUCACCUUUGGCCUCCGCUUCCCCUAUAAGGACAAGGAGUUUCAGGCUAUCAUCCAGGCCGCUGGUGAUACUCUGCUGGGGAUCAGCUCCCCAUGGGGCCAGACCUAUGAGAUGUUCUCCUGGCUCCUGCGACCCCUGCCAGGCCCCCACACACAGCUCCUCCGUCACUUGGGCACCCUGGCCACCUUUGCAGUCCAGCAGGUGCAACAGCACCGAGGGAGCCUGGACAGCUCAGGACCCGCUCGAGAUGUUGUGGAUGCCUUCCUGCUCAAGAUGGCGCAGGAGGAACAAAAGCCAAACACGGAAUUCACUGAGAAGAAUUUGCUGAUGACGGUCACUUAUCUGUUGUUUGCUGGGACAAUGACGAUAGGUGCCACGGUCCGAUACGCCCUCCUGCUCCUGCUGAAACAUCCUCAGGUCCAAAAGCGUGUGCGGGAGGAACUGACACGGGAACUGGGGACUGGCCGGGCUCCAAGUCUGGGGGACCGCGCCCGCCUUCCUUACACAGAUGCAGUUCUGCACGAAGCACAGCGGCUGCUGGCGCUGGUGCCCAUGGGGAUGCCCCACUCCCUCACGAAGACCACUUGCUUCCGCGGGUACAUCCUGCCCCAGGGCACUGAGAUCUUCCCUGUCCUUGGUUCCGUCCUGCAUGACCCCAAAGUCUUUGAGCGGCCAGAGGAGUUCAACCCAGACCGUUUUCUGGAUGAGAAUGGACAGUUCAAGAAGCAUGAGGCGYUCCUGCCCUUCUCCUUAGGUAAGCGCGUCUGCCUCGGCGAGGGCUUGGCGCGAGCGGAGCUCUUCCUUUUCUUCGCUGCCAUCCUACAGGCYUUCUCUCUGGAGAGCCCGGGCCCCCUGAGUACCCUGAGCCUCCAGCCAGCUGUCAGUGGCCUCUUCAACAUCCCACCCGCCUUCCAGCUGCAGGUCCACCCCGCUGAAGAAGGAGGGAGCUUGGGGCAGAGAUAAGUGGCCUGUGCUGCUGCCGAGGCAUCAGCCACAUGCCCAUACUCAACCAUGAGGGCCACCACUGCCAUCUACAGAAAUGCAAGCACUUGUCCAGCUAACCCAGCAGCCCAUGCCAACCCACGGUUCCCUGGGCUCUCAACCCGCAUGUCGGAGUCCAGCCACCGUGCUCACAGCUCUCACACACCCGUGCCACCAUCUCUGGGUGCCUGCCACAGAGAGCCCAAAAUGCACCUCCCGGGUCAUGCCACAGUCAGGGUGUCCUGUCCUCAGCCCCAGUAUGGUCCGUUGCGUGAUCUCCYUCCAGGCUCAUAAGCACCCCUGUCCACACACGCCAACCACUGAUCCACCCAGCCAGCCCUCACAUGACACCUUCCUGGCUCCCACUGAGACCUGUUGGUCUUACAGAGGCACAGUCUCCAGCCAGCUCCAUACCUUUGUCCCUCAGGGACACCCUUUUAGGAGUACCCCUUUCAGUAAAUUUUCUCCAAUACAAAUAUUUUCUGAUCUGCAAUUAGGCACACAGACUUUGGACACCGGAGGACUCUCACCUGCUCCCACCACACACGCACGUACGCACAGCCCCUAUUCUGUGGUCAAAGUCCCCAUUAGGCCCUGGAAAGGGGCUAGAUGUCCAAGCAGGGUCCAGGUCCCAACCCCCCAGUGCCAGGAAGGAGGCCAGACCUGACCUCUUUGUGGCUUGAA